UUUUGAGAAAAAGAAGAUAUCUUGAUCCACAUCAUAAACAUUCCCUUGGGACUAAAAUGGCAAAAGAAAGUCAACACCAGGCACUAGCAGCACUACCAGGCACCACUGUUGCAACUGCAGUAGCAAAUAAUGCCACCGAGCCAGUGAUUCCUGGAGGAGGAAAGGGGGGUGCAAAAGACGAUGCAUUUUCAAAGUUAAAGGAGAAAUUUAUGAAUGAACUAACCAAAAUCCCGUUGCCACCUUGGGCCUUAAUAGCCAUAGCCAUAGUUGCCAUCCUAUUAGUCCUUACCUGCUGUUUCUGUCUGUGUAAGAAAUGCUUGUUCAAAAAGAAAAACAAGAAGAAGGGGAAGGAGAAGGGAGGAAAGAAUGCAAUUAACAUGAAAGAUGUAAAAGAUUUAGGCAAGAACUUGAAAGAUCAGGCCCUUAAGGAUGAUGAUGCUGAAACUGGACUGACUGAUGGAGAAGACAAAGAAGAAGCCAAAGAAGAGGAGAAAUUAGGGAAAAUCCAAUAUUCUUUGGAUUAUGACUUUCAGAACAAUCAGCUUCUGGUAGGAAUACUUCAAGCUGCUGAGCUGCCUGCUUUAGAUAUGGGUGGAACAUCUGAUCCAUACGUGAAAGUUUUCCUGCUUCCCGAUAAGAAAAAGAAAUAUGAAACAAAAGUUCACAGGAAGACCCUUAACCCUGUCUUCAAUGAACAAUUUACAUUCAAGGUGCCGUAUUCUGAACUGGGAGGAAAAACUUUAGUGAUGGCAGUAUAUGACUUUGAUCGCUUUUCUAAGCACGAUAUAAUUGGAGAAUACAAAGUUGCCAUGAACACUGUAGAUUUUGGUCAUGUGACUGAAGAGUGGCGAGAUUUGCAGAGUGCUGAAAAAGAAGAGCAAGAGAAGCUAGGUGACAUCUGUUUCUCUCUCCGCUAUGUGCCUACUGCUGGCAAGCUGACUGUUGUCAUCUUAGAAGCAAAGAAUCUGAAGAAGAUGGACGUGGGAGGCUUAUCAGAUCCUAAAGGCCAAAGACUAAAAAAAAAAAAAGUAUCCAUACUUACCUUACCAUUUUUUAACAAAGAUAUACCUGCUAGUUACAUCUUUAAGUAA